AUAUUUUGCUGCAUAUUAAUAUAUUUCGUUUUCCCUUUGUCCUUCUUACAUUGUAUUGAAAUUAUAAAUUUAAUUUUACAACUAUUUGUUUUUAAAUUACGUAUUCAAACAGCUAGACACUAAAACUGGCUUUUCAUUUACCAAGGUAAUAUAUUGUUUAGGUAGUUAACAAAUGGUUAGGCAUAAUUUAAAUUCACAAAUUUUCUAAUGGAUUUUCAAUAUUAGGAUGCAAAUCUAACUUUGAAAUUAUAUUUAAGGUUCUAAACAUUUUGUUUUAAGACUUUCUCUGAGACAAUAUCCAUUCUUCUCAGGCUGCCUUUUUUAAGGCUACUCUAUUCUGUAGUCUAAGGAAAGCUACCUUUCACCACUUCCCUCCCAAUCCGACUAAAAGCCCAGAUUUACAGGUUUAUCCUGAAAUUAACUCUUAUUUGGGUAGUGAAAAAUAUACUAAAUAUCCAAUUUAUAAUUGAAUUAGUUUGGAAAAGACAUCAUUACUCUUGUUUGCUUGUUAGAUACAUUUAAAAAGUAGGUAAGAGUCUAGUUUAUAAUAGCAGAAAUUUUUUUACAUAUAUGAUAAAUAUCAUUAAAUAAGUUAGUAUGUAUUUUUUUUGUGGAGAGAUCCAGGUCUCAAUUGUUUGGUUUGAGCGUAAAAUUCCCAGUUUAAGUGAGGAAAUGAUAUUUAACCUGUGUUUUGUCUAGAAACUUCAUCAUUUGCCUCUGUACUGGGCAACUAAGAACUCGGUUCCUGGGGACACUUUAUCAGAAAAUCAGAGCAUUCCCAAACUAAAACCACUUCAGAACCCCUGGACAUGAUCGUUUGGGACAGGGCAAGAAAUUUAGACUGCAAAGGUGGUCCAAGAAGGCUGGCAGUUUAAAGCCGUAGUUUGUUGUUUGUCAUGAGGAAGAGAUCAUUAUUAGCAUGGAAGAAUAGCCAGACCGGCAGACGCGUGCCCCCUCUUUGUAAUCCCAUUGGCCCUGUUGUUGCUUUGCCCUCUCCUGAGGGGGCAAAGUCUUGAUACAGCACAAGGUAAACCCUUGAGGAAGAGCAGCGGCUCUUCUAGAUCGGACUUCAUCAAAUCUUAGCUUCAGCCUAUAAGUGGAACUGUAAUGCCCUGCAGGAUUCUGUGCGGGAGACCCUGCCACUCAGCCUUUGCGUCUCUGUUUGGGGCCGGGGUCUAUCCAGGGUCCUGAUCGCUACUGUGGGAGCCUGAAGGAGCCUCUGCGUUUUUACACGUGUAUUUUUAUUUAUUUAUUUAUUUUUGCGUAGUGUGCAGUGCGCUAACAAUUUCCUAUGUCCCCUUCCCGACAGGGGAGGGACUGCAGAAAAAAAUCAGCACUGAAAGGGUACUACAUGGUACUCGAGAAUGCCCCUCAAACUAAGGGGAAAUUCUUUAUGGUGCCCAAUGCCUGUAUUUCUAUCUCUUAGUGGGCCUCCCCAUUAGGGAGUUCUUUUGAUGACCACUGGACAGGUGGGUUAUAACAGAGCUGGCUUACAGGACUACUCCAGUUUACAUUUUGAUAGCCAGGUUGCUUUUCCUUGUUUCUUGCUCUUUAACGGGAGUCCUAAACGUCAGCUCAAAGCUGAAGUAGCUAAUGCUGGUUAGAAUGGACCCUUGCUAAGAGUAAAAGGAAGCUGUGAAUACGUAGCAGGCAGGUCUGUCCAGGAAGUGAAGAGAAAUAUUAGGGGGCUUUGAGGGCUCAGGUAUUGACAAGGCUUAUGCCUUGGACUGGUCUGGGUUUCUUGAUCGUUAGUCCUCUUUUUAUCCCUCUCUCUUCCAGGAAGCUUGGGCAACCAUGUACUCAAUUGUCUCUGGGGCUAAGAGCGAAGGAGGCAAGUCUCCGUACUUUGAGGGGUGGAGGAUGUGAAACGGGAAUGGAACCAAGAGGUGGGAUAGGCAUCCUCUUCUCAGGAUAGAGGCAGCACUCUCUGCUUGAGAAAGUCAGGUAUAGCGCUCUGAGGUCUGUAUCCUCUGAGACCCCUGUGGAAAGAAGGUGAUGCGGAGGCAUUGGCAGGGGGUCCUCUGCAGAUGGGCCUUAGCUUUCCCACAGCUGUUAGGACUGCAGACUGCAGUGAGGUAGUUAUGAGCAUUCGCUGUGUAUCUGGGAGAAGGAAAAUAGGCCUUAGAUUACGCCUCAAAUCUAGGAAGAAAAAAAUCAAUGAUUUCUGAGACUGGAGACAACCCCUUCAGGUGUCACUGUCUAAAGACUCAUUGGUUAACUAAUGGUCGGUAACCUAGCUAUCUGCUUAAAAACCAGAGAUCAUUUAAUGCUUUACUUUUUGAGAGGUGGGGGCUCUGCUUGAGUUAGGAGUUUCUGGGAGGGGUAAAAUGCAUGAGUGAACCUGCGUUAAUGAAUCCCGUAAGGAACUGCGUUUCCCAGGAAAUUCCUGGCAUUUUUAGCGCGUGAAUAUCCUAAACCCCGCUUGGUUUUCUCCUCCUUUCUGGGUCCUUCCAAAGAGGAAAAGUGGGCUGGGGGCUGAAGGCUCCGCAGGGCCUGGUUCAUCCGCAGAGCUGGCCGGCAACCCAGGCUGGGCUCAGCCCCGAGCAGGGUUGCCCCCCUUCCCAAAUCUUGGAAGGAGGAGGGGGAGGCAGGCGGGCAAUCUUGGCCCCAAAGGGGGCUGGUUGAAGGUUUGGGGGUGAGUGUGGGUUUCUUUUUGGUUGUUGCUUGAGGGGGAAGGGCAGAGCCCAAGGGAACAGGCAUUGCGGGCACCCCGGCCCUGGUGCGGCUGCUUGCCGUCCUCUGCUCAGCUCCCCCCCCCCCACCCCCAGCCAGCGAGUGCGCCCGCCCGACUGUGCGGGGCUGCGGUUGGGGGGAGGGGGGAGCGGGAUCAUCUGAGGCCAGAGUCGCUGCGUUGGGAGGGGGAGCGGCUGGAGCGAGGGGAGGGACCGGCUAGGUGUCUGCUGCUCCGUGCCACUGCUGCCGGCGCCCCAACCUCGUCGCGGGCAGCCCCUUCUGCAGCUAAGGGUUACUGCCGCACCACCUCUCCUCUUCCUCACCCGCCUCUGCGGCCAGGGCUCUGCGAUCUCGCGAGAGUGGCUGACUGGCUGUGGGGGUUGCGGCGGCAGCAGGCGGAGCCGGGGAGGGAAAGCAGCGGCGGCUGAGGCGACUGAGGCGGCGGCGGGCGGAGCGGCAGGCGGCGGCGAGGCGGCGAGGCGGCGGAGCGCAGCAUCAUGGCGGACCGAGACAGCGGCAGCGAGCAGGGUGGUGCGGCGCUGGGCUCGGGCGGCUCCCUGGGGCACCCGGGCUCAGGCUCGGGCUCCGGCGGGGGCGGUGGUGGCGGCGGGGGCGGCGGCGGCAGUGGCGGCGGCGGCGGGGCCCCGGGGGGGCUGCAGCAUGAGACGCAGGAGCUGGCCUCCAAGCGGGUGGACAUCCAGAACAAGCGCUUCUACCUGGACGUAAAGCAGAACGCCAAGGGCCGCUUCCUGAAGAUUGCUGAGGUGGGCGCGGGCGGCAACAAGAGCCGCCUCACUCUCUCCAUGUCAGUGGCCGUGGAGUUCCGCGACUACCUGGGCGACUUCAUCGAGCACUACGCACAGCUGGGCCCCAGCCAACCACCCGACCUGGCCCAGGCGCAGGACGAGCCGCGCCGGGCGCUCAAGAGUGAGUUCCUGGUGCGCGAGAACCGCAAGUACUACAUGGAUCUCAAGGAGAACCAGCGCGGCCGCUUCCUGCGCAUCCGCCAGACGGUCAAUCGGGGGCCCGGCCUGGGCUCCACGCAGGGCCAGACCAUUGCGCUGCCCGCACAGGGGCUCAUCGAGUUCCGUGACGCUCUGGCCAAGCUCAUCGACGACUACGGAGUGGAGGAGGAGCCGGCCGAGCUGCCCGAGGGCACCUCCUUGACUGUGGACAACAAGCGCUUCUUCUUCGAUGUGGGCUCCAACAAGUACGGUGUGUUUAUGCGAGUGAGCGAGGUGAAGCCCACCUACCGCAACUCCAUCACCGUGCCCUACAAGGUGUGGGCCAAGUUCGGACACACCUUCUGCAAAUACUCGGAGGAGAUGAAGAAGAUUCAAGAGAAGCAGAGGGAAAAGCGAGCUGCUUGUGAGCAACUCCACCAACAGCAGCAGCAACAACAGGAGGAGACCGCCGCUGCCACCCUGUUACUGCAGGGUGAGGAAGAAGGGGAAGAAGAUUGAUCAGACUUAAUGGAAAAAAAAACCCACACACAUGCAUACACACACAGCCACACACACAGAAAAUAUACUGUAAAGAAAGAGAGAAAAUAAAAAGUAAAAAAGUAAAAAAAAAAAAAAACUUAACUCCAAGGGAGCACCACCCACAGAACCUCCACCAACUGACAGUUUCUCUUCUUGACUUGCCACCCAUCGCUGGAUGUUGUCCACUUUAUCCACCAUAUAAAACAGUAAGCAGCUGCUAAAACAAAAAACAAAAAAUAGAAAAAGUAAUAACAUUAUAUGAACUGUGUUUCCUACUUGAUUAAAAAAUAUAAAGAACUGAGUGUUUAUUUCCCUAAUUAACCAAGAACUUUUGUACACGUUUAAGCUAUUAUUAUUAAAAGUGUUUGCAAAAUGGUCAAGAUUAUAAUAUUGCUGAAUUAUAUAAAAGUCCUUUUCAUGUUGAGCUAACAUUUGAACUUUAGCACAAAAAAGAGAUAUUUUAGAACACGUAAAUAAUAUUUUUUAGUUUUUCUCAUUUUGUUACCAAAUUUCAAACCUUACAUGGAGGUUAUUAUAGUAUAUUUGACACCCUAUAUACCUGUGAUUAGAGAUGUGUAUAUAUAUGAGGGCUAGGCAUGCUGUGUGUCUGAGCUUUGUCUAAAUGUUAUGCAGAAGUUUGUAGAGUUAAGGUACGUAGGUUUAAUUCAUGCAAGGGUAAACAAUAAGUGCUCUCUUUUAUACAAUAUGCAUUGCAUCUGGACCUUAAACAUAUAAAAAUGGUCAGUGAAACUUCUGUGAACAUGAAGAAAAUUAUUAAAAAGGCAUUUAAAUGAAAUUUGCUAAGUUGUGAUUUUUAUGGUUGGAACCAAAGUUAUUCAAAUAGCAAAAGGAAAAAGAAAGAGAGAAAAGGAAAUCUCCCAUAAUAUUUUUCUGCAUCUGUUUGCUUUGACCGAGUAGGCGUUUUGUCAUUAUUGUGUAUAUGAGAUGUACUUGUAUCGUUCAUAAUAUAUUUUUUUUAUUAUGUGUAGAAGGAUUUUAAAAACUUAACUAACGUGCAGCAAUUUCCAGUGAACCUGUACUUGGACAUCAGGUAGUGAGUCUAUUUGUGGUCACUAGCACUGUCUCCUAAACUUGUAAGAGGUCCGAAGCUAUCCUUUGGUUUUUGCCAGUGCUAUUAACUUAUGUAGACCUGUUAAAAGCAGAGCAACACAAUUACAGUUAUCCUACUGAGCCAUGGAUUCUGAGUUUCAUUUUAAAAGAGAAAGUCAAGUUAAGUUGGUGUAUGUAAAGGAUUUCCAUGUAGCUGUGGUGCUAGUUAUUACUGGCUACAUUAUAUGCUAAGUGUAUUUGUGUUCCCCAAGUGUACAAGCCUUCUAUCAAAAGUAUGUUCUAUAAUUCAUAUAUUCAAGGUGUUAGGGUAUGAAAAUGGAAAGCUUAGGAGAGCACUUUACCAAGCUGGUGUCCUCCAAACUGAAAUUGUUUGUAACGAUAGUCUUUUACAGGUUUUCAUUUAAAGAUGUUUGUGUGCUUUUAAUUGACAACUAACUUCUUGCUGCUGUAUAGUAAAAUAUUAAUAUAUUUUUAUCAUUAAACUGCUGCAUGACUAUCAUCUUUGAGUGAAGAGAAAAUGUUAUAAAAAAAGAUGCCUUAAACAGUACAUUUUGGUUUGGAAUUCUGUAGAAAGUAUUUUGGUUAAAAAAAAAAA